AAACAAGACCUUAGCUUGUUUUGGACCUACCCGAGCCCGUCCGAAACAAGCCCACUCGAAACAAAUAAAAACCAUUUGUUCUUCUUGCACCCGAGCCCACCCGAAACCCUAUCUUCUUCUUCCAUCGCGACAAGAGCUCCGGAUCUGCAAGUGCCUGACCUUCGGUCACGCAAUGGUGCAGUCGCACUCUCAAGCACCUAAUCUCCGGUCGCGCAACCCAGACCACCCACGGAACCAUCUCUUCCUCCAACUCCUUUGCGAAGCUCGCCAAGAGCUCCGGAUCUACAAGCAGUUCGAGGUCUUCCCCUUCAACCUCUCGACCCAAGCUCGCUGCGACAUCUCAUCCCUCAAGCUCAAGCCUCAAAAAGGGAAGGAGUUCGAGUUUGUGAAUUGGUCCCAAUAUGCAUGUAGACAAGGUUGUAUAACAUCGGAGCUGCUUUGGUGGAGUUGCUUUAGUGGAGUUGCUUUGGUUUGUUUAAAUUUUAGUCGCUUUGGUUUGGUUUGCUUUGGAGUAGAUUUGAUCCACUUUUGUCUCAUUGAGGGGAUGAGAUGGGGUCACUGAACUGAAUUCGAAGGUCAAUAGGGUCAUGCUAGUUCUAUCAGUAUUGGUUUCUAAAUGGAAUGCACUUCUAUUUUAGUUGUUUACAUGUGCUGACUCUUGUGGGUAAAAGAGAAACUUAGCCAUGAACCUCUACUCAUGCAUUUGUUGUCCAACAAUCUUCCUUUAACAUUAAAGACUUUUAACAUUUGACU